AUUUUCUUACAUUGGAACGUUAUCUGUUGUUAUCGAAAAUACAAAUCUGGUAUAAAAUGCAACCAUGUACAUUUUGUCAACUUUUUAUAUACAUUUGGAAAAUGGCCGCCGUCGAAUAGAGAAAUAUUUUCCUUGUUGAAAAAAAUAAAAAGUUAAUAAAAAUUAAAUCAAAUUUUAAAUGAAGACAUUAAACGAGUUGCUAUAGUUUUGAAACCUUCUUUAAUACGCGUAAAAAGUUUAUUUCUAAUAUAAAUUGAAAAAAUAUAUAAAAAAUUACAGAGUCUUGUAUAAAUUCGUAAAAGUCGUGCAAUAAGUUCGAAACAUGUCUUCGUCGCGUCGUCGUGGCGGUAUGGAUAUGAAUCCAAAGUUACACAUGGACCGCCAGCCAACAGUAACACGUAUAACAGAUCCAUCAUUACCAGCUGGUAAACGUCGGGAAAUUGAUAACGUUAUGAAGAAAGCAAGAGCCAACACCAACGAUUAUUGGGAUAAGAAACUCUUGGAAGUCGAGGAAAAGGAUCCCAAUCGUUGGCGUCAUACCGGUUAUAAGAAAAUGUAUAUACAAGGCGAGAGUAGUUCCGGAGAAAGUGAUCGUGAAACAGAUGUCGCGGUUGUGGGUAGUGCAGCUGGUGGAAGUAGCGGAAGCGGUUACCGUUACAAUUCGACUAGUGGUCCACCAUUAUCUGGUGGACGUUACGGUCGGUCGCGAUCUCCGCGUUCUCGAAGUCACUCGCGUUUACGUAAAACUCCACCUCUGUCACCACCUACACGCCGUCGUUCGCCGCCACCAACCUCGCGAGACAUGGUAAAUCGUAUAAGCCGUGUUCGAAAUUCACCACCGUCGUCGGUAGAAGGUCAAACCCGCGGAGGUCGUCCUCGUUCACCUCCGUUACGCGGCGGACCACCGCGCUCGCCAUCGGAUAUGGGUGUUCGCAGACCAGGGGGUGGUGGAAGACCUCGAUCACCACCCGAACCGCCAAUUCGUCGUAAACAAUCGCGUUCGCCAAUCGAGAGACGUCGCAGUUCGCCAUCAAGUUUAAAUAUGGGGCGCCGUCGUAGCCCUCCACCAUCCAAUGUUAGUGGGAUAUCUUCGAAACAAAGAGGACUGAUAUUGCCACGAUCUAAAAGACCACCUUCACCUCCACCAAGGAAUUCGUGUCGAUCGCGCACAAAUAGUUCGGUUAGUAGUUGUUCGGAUGAUUCAUGUUCGGUUUGUUCGCCUAGCCAUCGUCAUAGAUCUCGUUCACUUUCUUUGCCACGCGUACGGGGUGGUCCUCGGUCUCCACCCCCAAAAUCGUCAUCUUCUCGUUCUAUGCAUUAUCAACGUGGUGCUGUAACAGCCUCUACGUCAUCUUCAGCGUCAUCAGCUGCUCGAAUGCCUGGGCGCCCUGUUUCUCCUUCACGUGGAUCGACUAUUGAGAAAUAUCAUCGUAAUGAUGUUGUGCGACACAUAAGCCGUCAACGCAGCAUUGAUAAUCAUUCUGAUGGUCAAGUUAAAGUAACACGAUCCAGUCGUCAUUCGCCUCCAGAAGAUCCACGGUUGAAAAAUAGACCGCCAGAGCCACCAGAACCUACUACUUCAGCUGUUGUACCACCCAAAAAGAAGAAAAAGGAUAAAGAGCUUCGGACGCGUAUAAAAAUUGAAGGAGAAAAGCGCAAAAAACACUCUUCUUCAGAGUCAGACGAUUCAGGUGCAUCGGACAGUGAUGAAACUCCGUUACCUACAUUCACAGCUACUACGCGUCUAACUUUGUCGGAACGUUUCGGUAAAAUGGCACAGUGGUCUAUUGAUCGAAGCAAUAUGGAAAAUAUGCGUAUUACAAAAGAUUCCGCUGGAGGAGCUCUGAAAGUUAUGAUAGAAGAGGGCUUGGAAUCUCCGCCGCGUCGCUAUUCGUAUUCGCCAGCACCGGUUGGCCAUUUCCCUGAGGAAUUAGCAACAACAGCACCGUCGGGCAUGUUGUCUUGGGAUGACGUACGCGUUCGUUACGAAUAUUAUAAAUCUCGUGGAUACUUAAGGGACUUAGAUCUAAAGGACUAUAUCAAGUGGGAGGAAUGGUGGUAUAAGUACCAAGAAUGGCUAAAACAUGAACGAUAUUAUGAGUAUUGGGAACGACAACAAUUAGCUAGGCGUAGACGUAAAAAAUUGCCCAUAACUCAAAGACUAAACUAAAUAAUUUAAAGUAAAUAAAGUAUUCUUCAUUUUUUUCAAUUACAUAAUUUUUAUACAUAAUAUUAGUAAUUUAUCAUUCUCGCCUUUUGUGAAACCAUGUUGAUACUUUAUCGACACAUUUUUCUUUUCAUUUUUACAUUUUGAAUGUAUGAAAUUUUUAUAGUAAGAUUUUUAUUUGUAUUCAAUUUCAAGAAAUUAUAAAAUCUUUGUUUUUUAUUUUUGAUUGAAAUAGUAUAGCUCUAUAUUUUUUCUAUAAUACAAAAUAACAGCGUAGUUUAAUAGAAAUGAAAAUUACAUCAAAAUAAGGUAAAGUAAAACUUCUUCAGUUUAUAAAGAUACAUUAUUGUAAUUAUAAAAAUUAUAUAAUAAAUAUAAAGAGUAAUUAAA